AUGACGUCCUUCCUCCGACGUCUCCUUCCCAAAAACAUCCCCAACACCAGCUCCCAACAGCGCGACCAUCACGCCAACGAGCGCACAUUUCUCUCAUGGACCCGCGCAGGCCUGGGAUUCGCCGCCAUGGCUCUCGCCCUGGACCGCCUCGAUUCCAUCGACCGUGUGAUCUCGGCCAAGAUUCCGAGCUUGGAAGCGGCGCUUCUGCAAUCGUCUUCUGCGUCUUCUCGUCCGGCGGAAGCGUCUGGGGCGCGUCUUCGCACGGAUGCGGGCACACCGUCAUCUGUGCAUGAUAGUCGAUCAUCCCCAUCGUUGGAAAGUAGCUCAAAGGUGGCGCCUAGUUCUUCUUCUCCGAGGAGCGUCUUUGGAUUCUCUGAAUCUGUCUCUGCGUCCAGAUUGUGUCAAUUACUGGGGCUGUGGUCUCUGGGGUAUGGCUUUUUUCGAUACGUGUCCAUGAGACAGUAUCUGCUACGGGGUCAGUUUGUGCCUGCGCUUUGGGGUCCGGUACUCAUGACGGCGGGCAGUUUCGGGGCGUUUAUGAUGUUGGGGUUGCAGAUGGAUCGCCGGCGCGCAAGUCACGUGUAA